GUGCUCACUGGCUGUUUUCCCCCUCCCUCGACGGUACACAGAACUCGACUUCCCACCGUGCAAACUUACGUUGGCAGCCAGCGGCGGAACGUUUUUCGUUCUGUGUUUUUUAAAAUACUAAAUGGCGUAGACAUCCCGGCGUUUACCUCCGCCGAUGGACGGAUUCUCUACAUGUGUGAAAACACCAACGUGUCCGUGUGGAUAGAGGAGUUGCAGCUUUUUUGGAUCAAGGUUCGCGUGUGUGUGACUGUGUGAGGGUUUUUUUUUUCUUCGGAUUUCGGCAGUUUCACGCGCUGGCUUUUCUGGCGUUUGUGGCGAGCUGUAGGUGGCCGCUGGUCUGCCACGGUGCGUUUAAGUGAAAGCGGGUCAUUCACCUGGUGGCCGCCUGCUUCGGGUGCAUAUUUUCAGGUAGGAACAAUGGAUAAGAGACGUGUCCGGCUAAGGAGUGCGGCAGGCCUGGAUCCUGCUCUCUGACACAAAGAGUGAGGAGUCUUCCCAGCCCACACCAGAAUAUCAGGUCCAAACUUCUUCGCCAAGCCUUCCUUAGCAUCACCUCAGCUGUUUCUCUUACAGUCAUCUUCAUUGUCUGGGCUGUCAGUGUGUAGCUGAGUCUUGAACUGAUCUGAAAAGUUCAAAUUUGAGAAACCGGUAACGUUCACAUCACGGUCAGCCUCCUGAGGUGCUACCUGAAUAAUAUUUUAUGAAUCUGACUAACAAACACACCCAGCAAACAUGAGGAACACCAGAUCGAGCCUGCUGCUGGGCUGUGUGCUCCUCUGCUCCGCCUCCCUGCUCUACCUGGGCAUGAGCGGGAUAGAGUGCCCUCCAAAAAGCCAUCGAUACCGAUGGAUGGAGCUCAACUUGGGCUCAGCCAAUCAGAGCUUGUCCCUGACUGAACACUUCCCUGAAGACACGCCCCUCAUCUUCAUCGGCGGUUUUCCCAGGAGCGGCACCACGCUGAUGCGCGUCAUGCUGGAUGCCCACAGUCAUGUGCGUUGCGGUGAAGAGACACGAGUGAUCCCCCGCCUCUUGGCCAUGCGGGCCACCUGGAGCCGCUCGGUGAAGGAGAGGAUCCGACUGGACGAGGCCGGCGUCACUGACCAGGUGUUGGACUCGGCCGUACGAGCAUUCCUAUUGGAGGUGAUCGUUGGCCACGGCGAGCCUGCACCUCGCCUUUGCAACAAGGACCCGUUUGCCUUGAAGUCUCUCUCAUAUCUUGCACGGAUCUUCCCGAAAGCCAAAUUCAUUCUCAUGCUACGUGACGGACGGGCAGCCGUCCACUCCAUGAUAUCACGCAAGGUGACCAUCUCUGGCUUCGACCUCACCAGCUACAGGGACUGUCUGACCAAGUGGAGCAGCGCGGUGGAGACCAUGUUCAGCCAGUGCCAGGCGGCCGGGGAGGGCCGAUGUCUGCCAGUCCGCUACGAGCAGCUCGUUUUACACACACAGGAGGAAAUGAGGAAGUUGCUUCACUUCCUAGAUCUGCAGUGGGACCCGUCAGUGUUGCACCACGAAGAGCUGAUUGGAAAGGCUGGUGGCGUGUCUCUGUCCAAGGUUGAACGCUCCACAGAUCAGGUGAUGAAGCCGGUUAACACAGACGCCCUCUCCAAGUGGGUUGGAAACAUUCCCCCUGACGUAAUGAGCGACAUGGCUGAAAUUGCACCCAUGCUUGCUCGCCUGGGCUACGACCCCCACGCCAACCCGCCCGACUACACAAGACCAGAGUCCGUGGUGUCUCCGUUCAACUACUCACAGAGUUUGAAAGCAUCAGAGGCUCCACACCCCAGCUAAAGGAAAGAAGGGAAGAAUGCCGUAAAACCCGGCUUAUCCACAAUAUGGAUGCACCUUGAAUACUGGACUUCCAAUUCAGCGGUUAUUACACCUCACUGGAAAGUUUUUAAAAGUGUUUCAUGUGUAUUUUUUUAAUUGUUUCUAAGACUUUUGUGUGGUGUUAAUGUCUGUACAUGGGCAGAGUUUUUAAAAUGUGGACUCAUCGAGGCUGUUUGGGGUUGAUAUCUCGGCUCUGAAAUCGCAUGUGGACUACCUGAUCAAAAACGUUAGCUGCUCCUCACAUGUGCUUCACGGUGAACCAAGUACCAGUAUUAUACUGCAUUUUGACACGUCCCCUCACGUUCUACCUGUAAGUAUUUCAACAUGUCCGUAAGUUAUGAUUCACCACAAAUGUGAAUGUGUCUUCAGACGGAUCUUUCACUAAGAGUUCAGUCAGUGUUCAGGAAGCAUAAUGACUGUAUAUUUUUGAAGACGUAUGUUUAUUUUCUUAAUAAAUUAUUUUGGUGUUGACCAUUCAUUCAGGAAUGUAAAGUUGUUUACUCUGAAUUGAGGCUUUGUAAUUGUUGUAUAUUGUCGAACACAAAUAAAAUGAGUCUAAAUGUCA